CAGGCUGAGGAGGGCUGGGUGGCGUGUGGAAUUCUUCUCGGAAAGCAGUGCUGGGUCCCUUCUACCAUGGCACCUAAGAAAGCCAAGAAGAGAGCAGAGGGCGCCAACUCCAAUGUGUUCUCCAUGUUCGAACAGACCCAAAUCCAGGAAUUUAAGGAGGCCUUCACCAUCAUGGACCAGAACAGGGACGGCUUCAUUGACAAGAACGAUCUGAGAGACACCUUUGCUGCUCUUGGGCGUGUGAAUGUGAAAAAUGAAGAAAUUGAUGAAAUGCUCAAGGAAGCUCCGGGUCCAAUCAACUUUACUGUUUUCCUGACAAUGUUUGGUGAGAAACUUAAAGGAGCAGACCCCGAGGAGACCAUUCUCAAUGCAUUCAAAGUGUUUGAUCCUGAAGGCAAAGGGGUGCUGAAGGCUGAUUACGUUCGGGAAAUGCUGACCACGCAGGCAGAUAGAUUUUCCAAGGAGGAGGUUGACCAGAUGUUCAACGCCUUCCCCCCUGAUGUGACUGGCAGCUUGGACUAUAAAAAUCUGGUGCACAUCAUCACCCAUGGAGAAGAGAAGGACUAAAACAGGAUCACCACCCCAUCUUGGGCUCAUCUUUAUAGGGUGGGCUCUGCCCUCCUCACUCUCUGCUGUACCUCUGACCUACCCUGUUUUUCCGAAAAUAAGACAUCCUCCGAAAGUAAGACCUGCUUACAGGAAAGAUAAGACGUCCCCUGAAAUAAGACCUAGCACGUUUUUGGGAGCACACCUUAAAAUAAGACACUGUCUUAUUUUCGGGAAAACAGGGUAUUAGCCUUGUAGCUACCCCCAUUUAUCCACCACUAUCUUCUUUGCAAUUUGGGUGGCUUAUACUACAGAGAUACCAUGUGGCCACAUGUACUGCAGAUGAAAAUCCACCCACAGCCCAUGUUCAAAUAAAAAAGAGGUUGUGUAUGUGGUCAUGAUGAUCCUCUGACAGGGACAAGCCCUUUGACUAAGAAAAGCAAAAACAGCAUAUAAACUAGUAAUGACCCUGCUAUCGUUACUAUUGCUGAAUCUUAGUAACUCUUUAUUUAAAAUAGACCUUUGCAGCCACUCAGGACUGUUUCUCUUGAGGACCACAUUUUCUGGAAUGUUAACUAGAUGACAACAGCCCUCUCUUCCAACAAACUUGAUCAUGUCUAGGGCUUAGCAUCCAUGACAUCCUUUCCUUUGGGACACCACCAGGAUGUUUCUCCCAUAGGUAUGUUAACAUGGGCCCCACAGUAAAGGAGAUAGCCUCACACUCA